AGUUACUAAUAAUAGUACUAGUAACAGAAUGCAAGCCAUUGUGCAUAGAGAAAUUACAAAAAAGGUGUAAUGGAUUCUGAUUUUGAAAACGAAGUCUGUAAUAUUCUAGAUGUGAGUGCAGAUUUGUUUGAUGACAGUGAUCAUAUGGAAACAACAUCCUUAAGACAAAUAACAAAAUCAGAAAGUGAGUUUAGUGAGUCAGCUCAUAUUGAAAAACGUGAUUUCAUUACCACAUCUCAAGAUGAUAUACCAGGCAGCAGUAACCAAUGGUCAGAAAAUUCAAAUCAAGAGGAAAGUAUGUAUUACGCUGAACAAUCCUCUUUAGAUGAUUCUAUAAAAGGUGUACCUAACAAACGACACAAAAUUGAUGCAACAGAAAAUGCACAUUCCUCCUCUACAUGUGAUAAUCCUAAGAUUAUUGAGAGUGAGAACUCUCAUAAUUUAAAAUUUAGCCCUGAAAAAAAUGAUUUUGGUUUCAAUGAUAGUAAAAUUGCAUUUACUGUAUCAUCCCCAUUAGCAUUGGAAGUUAUAUCUGAGCAGUUGAGUGAUGAUGUUGAAAUUGUCUCUAAACCUGCAGAAACUCAUCUCAGUCAGAUAAACUUGAAAAAUGAGGAUGGAGUUAUGAUGGGCUCUCUUCACAAAAAAGAAGAGGAUAUUUAUAGUGUAUCCAGGUAUUUAAAAUUACCUGAAAAUAAAAACUCUUGCAAUGAAAAGGAACCAAAUGAUGCAAGUCCUAAAACUGGUGCCGUAGGUUUGUAUUUUACUUGUCCUUUUUGUAGUUUAUCAGAAACUGAUAUCCAUUCCUUAGAGGAACAUAUAGAAGUAAUGCAUCCAGUAAAUAUGAGUGGAGAAUUAGGAGGCACAGGUACAGCUCACAAUGCAAACUCAGAUGAAGCUAGGGCAAUGAGUACAGUUGAGGAGGCUGUUUUCCUUUAUGUUUGCCCACUAUGUGACUUGGACCUUGGUGAUGAGACUACCCUUCAUCUACACCUGAAUAUAAUGCAUGAGGAGGAACCUCCCAUCAGAGGCUCAUCCACAAUUAAUUGCCCUCUGUGUGAAGUGGGCUGUUUAUCUGAACAAGGUAAUCAUAAAAUUAGCUAAUGAAUCAAAGGUGUUAUUUCAUUAUAAAUAUUAUUAAGAAUUAAGCUUUACAACAUAUAGCAUUUGCAUACUGCUAGCAAUUCAAUUGAAAUUAGCAAGAAAUUAUUUACACUAAUAUUCAAAAUAUGUUUUGAACAUGAGGAUAACAAAUAAAACUACUGAGCCCACAAAGAAUGAUAAGGAUGUUGCAAAUCUGUAAAGUCACAGAAUUAAAUAAUUAUAUAAAGUUGUGUGUCCAUUUUUUUUUCUGGUGGGGAUAACAAGUUAAAUUUAUUCAUAUUGUUUUUAAACUUUCUGGUUUGUUCUUCAAGGUGCAUCUGUAAGAGUAAGAUUUAAUGGGUUUUUUUAUGAUUUAGUAAAGCUUUUCCCAAUAUUAUUUUACUGGGUGCAAUUAGGCCGGGAAAUCCUGCUGUAUUUGUGGCCUUAAUUUGUAUAGCUUUUUUUUUAACAUGGCAGAUCUUUUCGAAGCUUUGAGGAGAUUUUGGGUCACACCUAAGAGAUUUAUGACUAAUUAAUUGUUAAGAAAACCCCUUUUAUAAAUGUAAAAAUUAGUAUAUUAGUAAAAUUUAGUACUACCAGAUAGGUAUACCGGUAUCUAAAUCCUUCUUAUAAAAUAUAUAUUUUUUAAACAGAAAUGAAGUACCACAUGAAAACUCACAGCUCAGAUGAUACCAAGUAUUGUGUGAGCACAAAUGAGAUGGCAAUGGACAAUGGCACUUAUUUUAUGAUGUGCCCUGUAUGUAAAUUAGCUAUGGAUGAUGCAGAUCUUCUCACAUCUCAUGUAGAAAGCCAUUUUAAUCCCCAACACUCAGCAGGUACAGAUUUUAUGAGACCAACAACAAAAGAGUACUCUAUAUGCCUACUAACUGGUCCAUUUAACAAAUGGCAACAACAUUAACUCUCCAGCAGUAUGACCUAUGAAUUAGCUUCAUUCUAUCUCUCAAGUGCAAACAUAAAUCUUAUAUCUGUUAUUAUUUUAGUAGAGACAUCGAUGACAACGGACUUAUCAAUUCCACUCCAACUGAUCAGCAAGAUCAUGAGUGGUCUGGGAAUUUUUCACAAAUCAAAGUGGGAGGGUCCCCGAAACUGUUUUUAGGUGCAACUUUGCUUAAAUAAUUUAUUUGUAUUUAGGUAUUUUUAAUUUUAUUUUCUUGCUUCUAGUUUCUAGUUUAUUUUCUGUAAAUUAAUUAGAUAAGGAACCUUCAUUUAAAGUGGAGCUAUGUCCCUUUGCUUGGGCGCUGGGAGUAGAAAAGGCUGAAUAGGCUUGGACUGUAAAGGGUUAAUAAUAAAUUAAUUAACUUGUAAUUGUCAGUGUUUUUAACUUUAGGACCAAGCUCAAGUUCUCAUACAGAUAUAAAUGAUCUUAAAAAACAUUUUAUUGGGAACUCUAUAAAAGGACUACAAAAUAGUGUGAGUAAUUCUUUUACUGUUAAUAUUGAUAGUAUUAGAGAAUUCACUAAUUUUUAAAGGGAAAUAAUAUUUUGAUUUUGGGUUGUUUUUGUCAACAUCAUAAUCAUGAAAAAAUUUUCCGAUUAAUUUAUAAACACUUUUUUUUUAUCCAAAGUAUUAAUUAAUUUGAAUUAAUAUCUUUGAAAAAUUUAAAACAGGAAAUCUCAGUAUCAUCAACCAGUGUUGACACAGCAACUAAAAGCAAUGGAAAGCAAUUCAAAAGUCACUCAACAAAUGUUGGUCCCUCAAAGUGCAUUGAUUUAAAUAAAAAGACAGUGUGGUCAUCUGAAUCUAAAGAAAGAGUCACAACAGGAGCCAGUGAAGGAAGGGUCGAGAAAACUUCUGGCAACCUGCCACCAUCAAACAGCAGAGAAAAUGGUGGCUAUAAAAAACAAUAUGAACAAAACCUAGAGAGAGCUGUUGUAAAAGGAGAGUUAUCUGUUGCUGAAUUCCAUGAUGAAAUGAGGAAGCUUUCACAUCAAAUCAUUAAAGGUGUCGAUGAUGGGAGUACCAGGAUUCAAGGUUGUUGUUUUUUUUCUUAUUAUUUUAUCAAGGCCUGAAAUAAUAUUGUCAAGUGUAAAGAUUCAAAAAUAUUUUUUAAAUGUUUCAUACUUAGCCUGUAGAAAUGUUCUAAACCGCCUAGAUUUGUUUGUAAGAAGUAAAUUUUUUAUUUUCUGUAAGUUGCUAGCUUAAGUUAGUUAUUGUAAGUUAACCUGAAUUUAACAAAAACUCUCUACCGUAUAAAAAUAUUAAAACUACAAAUUUAUGAGAUUAGGAAAACAUGUUAGAUCCUUUCCUAGUACCGGUACUAGUACUAGUAUUCUGCAACCUUUCAGAUUUGUUUUUUUUAUUUUAUUUACUCUUGAAUAUUUUUUUUUCUACCGGUACAUAGGUUUGAUAGAGAAAAUGGAGGCAAUGUACAGAUCACAGGCUCGCCCUGGUCAAAGUGUAUUGCUGUGCUCUGCUACUGACCAUUUUUCUGGAUCUAUAGGAGAUAAGGGAUGGGGGUGUGGAUAUCGAAACUUUCAGAUGAUAUUGUCCUGCCUUGCAAAGUUGAAUAAUUAUGCUGAAAGAAUUUUUCCAGGUAGCCUUUGAUAAUUUCCCUGUAUUCUUUUCUUAAUUUCUUAUUUUUGUCCAUUAAAAUCUUAUUUUUCACAGUAAUGAUGCAUAAAUUUUUCUACUGCCUGUAAAAUUGGUUUUUGAAAACCAAACUGCCUGCAAUGACAUUAAUGGCGAACUCCAAACACUUAAGUUUUUGAACUGCUUUCUAUUUCUUGUCCUGUCUGCUGAAGAAGGCUCUUGGCCAAAACGUUCUUUCUUUUUUCAUUGGACUGUCUUUAUGUUUGAAGCUUAUACAUACUUUGUUCAAAAAUUUCCUUCUGUAAACUGUAAAGAAAGUACUAAAUGUGGUUAAAGUUACCAGGCUUUCUCACUAUUCACUGUUUUCUAUGGGAGGGGUAGCAAAAGAAGUAGCAGAGCUCAAAUCUUCUCAACGCUCCAACAUUCUGUCUUGUGAACCUUUGAGAAAGAAGAAGACUAUGGUACUGCCUAACAAAAUUAAUCUUGAAAACAUUAUGUGGUUGGAUUGUUGAUAUCAUCUAAGCAACUUCUAGUUAAGUAUUGUCCCCAACAGUACCACGCUACAACUAUCAGUACCGGGUAUUAAAUAUACCUUUUGACCAAACCUCACCACACUGAAUAAUUUUGCCUUUAAUCAUUAAAAGCAAUUCUUUAAAUUUUAAAAUUAUUUAUUUUUUAUUUUAAUAUUUUACAAUAUUAAACUGUCCUACCUAAACAGAAAAUAACUUAUCAUCUUGUAGACUUUCUUAAUGUUUUUAAAUUUUUUCAAAUUGCUCAUUGCUAGACAAUUUUUAAAAUUAAAAAAGAAACAUAAAUCGCUUCACAAUUGUAAGAAAACAAUAUUAGUAUUGUACGUGUAGAAACACUGAAUCUCUGUUACUUUGGCUUACAGAUGAACAGAGAUUGAUACCUUCCAUUCCCAAAAUACAGCAAAUGAUUGAAUCAGCUUGGCAACAAGGUUUUGACCCCCAGGGCUGCAUUCAGUUGAAUGGCAAGCUAUGCAAUACUAGAAAGUGGAUUGGUGCAACAGAGAUUGUUGCGGUAUUGUCAUCUUUAGGUAUUAAGUGAGUACUCAGUGAAACUUUUGAUUUAGAUCUAGACUUAAAAAAAACGUAUCUCAGAGAAAGUGUCUACCAAUUCCUGUUAUCAUGUUACAUGUGUCAGAUGUGACCAGCUCUCUUUGGUAUUUAUUGUAAACAGAGUUCAAGAGUUUAUGUAUGUCAUUACUGAACAUCAGCAAUUUGUGUUUUAGUAAUGUUUUGCUACACAAUAUGGUGCCUGUUUGUUACUGUUAUUUUUAUCAUUGAAAAAGUAAUUACACACUCACAGCUAGAUCUAACAUUUAAAUCAUAAUGAAGAUAAAAUUUUAAAAAGAAAUAAAUUGAAUCGCUCAUAAGGUUAAAACUUAAAUAAAGCAAAUAUAAAAAUGUAAUCUUUAUUGCAAUGUUUUAAGUCAUGCAUGCCCUGGUUAGUCUCAUGUAAAAUUAUAAACACCUUUAUCUUUUUUAAAAUUAAUGUUUCUAACUUUGUGGUUUAAAAACAAAUUUCAACAAUUUUUAUUUUUAAAAAACUAUUUUAACUUAUUCAAGGUUUACUUCAGUUUAGCUUUCUUAUGCAGAAAAUAACAGUAUGGCUCUAUUUCAUUAUUUUUUUUAAAAGAUCAUCAGCACUGUUACUGAUAUAAUAAAAUAAGGAUUAAUAUGUACUUUUGCAGAUGCCAGCUUGUAGACUUCCAUUCACCAAGUGCACCUGAUGGGACUCAUCCUCGCCUGUUGGAGUGGGUUAAAGAAUAUUUCAAAAGAUUUCAUUACCAACCCACUGCUCCCCUUUAUUUGCAGCACCAAGGUAUAAAUAUAAUAUUAGUAGAUUUGCUUUACUAGACCACUGACUGAUUUGUUCAUACUCAUAAAAUACCGGUAGGGUAAUAGAAAUUAUUUUUAUUUUCAGGUCAUAGCAGAACCAUUGUAGGUGUAGAAAAUGACAAAGGGACUGUAAAGCUUCUUCUCUUUGACCCUGGAACUCCAAAAGAUCAGAUAGCAGCACAGAUGAAGGGCCAAAUGUCAUGGAAAGACAUGAGAUUGUUCCGGCGUGCACAGGCUAAUUUCAAAGCCAGACAAUACCAAAUUGUAACUAUUGUAGGAACACUAACAGAUCAAGAGUAUCAGGUAAUUACAUAAACUUUGAAAGAUUGCAUAUGAGUAUUAUGAGAGCUGCAAUUGAGAAAGUGACUGACACUAAGUUAAAUGGAAAUGUGAUUACCUAGAGGCUCCUUUAACCCACGAACUUUGGCAGUGAUCAUUCUGUAGUGUGGGAGCUGUUUGAGUGCCUUUUUAAGACCCCAAUAAGUACCGGUAUAUAUUUUUAGAAAGGUAAAUGGAUGGGGAUUAAGUUGGCUAAAUUUUGUUCAGUGUUAUUGACCUUGGAGUGCUCAAGAAAAAAAAAAUAGACAAAGUGUCCUACUUUCAAGUGCUCAUAAUAACAUUAAAAUACUAAUAUAAAUUUGGCAGCCAAUUCAUUUAUCUUUCAGAAAAUGCAUAUUUUGCUAAGGUUUUGAUUAUAAUUAAGCCUCUGAAAGCAAUUUUAGAUCAUUUAUUAACGAAAAAAAUUAGAAACUGGGACCACAGCUAAAGCCAAGUACAAAAUACAAAAUCUCAGGCAAAAAAAUUAUUAUUGACUGGUAAACAUUUAAAAAGUAACUGUGGAACUGAUUUGGGUUGUUUAACUAUACAAUUUAUUAGUUGUGAUCUAUAAUCUGUAGCUUCUGUGACUAAAAUUCAGUCAGUCCUUGCCCAGGCUUGCUUGGCUCGAAGUCUAACUGUAGGCCUACUUCAUGGGGAAUUUUAAAAUCAUCAGUAUCAUUUAAAUCCUCCUCUUAAUAGCUUUCAAAAAUAUUUUUAUCAGUUCUCGUACUGAAGGCCCAGCCAUAUCUUCAGCGAUUUUAUCUUUAAAAAAAAACAGUGAUAUAAAAUUCCAAUUUAAAAAGUACUUAUUGUUUAAGCUAUCAACAAGCAGCUUGAACGGGAAGAUGAUUUAAUUAUUGAUAAAAGGAAGUGGCUAUAAUUCCGGUGAAAUAUUGGAUUGGAAGUUGCAUAUUGACCGUGCUUUUUAUCGGCCGCCACAAUACAGAACGAAAAUAUUGGCCGAUUUUAUUUUUUUUUGACCGACCACAAUUAGUGGGUUAGAGUCUGGAUUGACAUUGUGGCCAAUAUAAGGUCUAGAUUCUCAUUUUACUCUUGAUUUCCUUUCAUUUGCAAACAUCUAACUUAACUGUAUUUUUGAAUUACAUGUAAAUAGUUUCACUCCUUUUAAUUUACCUUAAUUUACCCCUUUCUAUAUUUUUUCUCCCUAGGAAAGCAAAAUACUUAAAUCGGAGCGAAUAUACUGAAACUUAACAACUGUGGUAGUGAGUUGCUGACAUUUUUAUAUGCCUGUAUCUUAAUGAAAUAUUUUGGGUGAGGUAUUUAUAUAUAUACCGGGUAUGUCUGCGACUUGCACACACACAAAAGUAAAUGUACUGCAACAUUACUAUCAUCUUGAGAAAUAUUUUUUUUUAUUUGAAUCUGAGUUCCAGGACUAUGUGAAUUUUCCAAGUCCAUCAUUUACCGCUUAUUAAAUAUUCAAUAUUUUAGGUUGUACACCAAGUCUUGGCAGUCUAUUUCAUGUUAGGAGUAAUUCUUUUACGGUAUCUCAUUACUUAUUGCUAUAGUUAUAUUAUAAUUUUUAAAAAAAAAUAAUGAUAUUUAGACAAAUUUAUUAUGUUAAAAACAUUUUUAUUGGCUUCUCAUUAGUAUGCAUGAAACAAUAUACAAUCUAAUAGUUACACUUUAAAUUUUACUUCAUUUUAAAAUUAACCAUAAUAUUAAUAGAGCACUUUCUUUGUCCAAAGUUAUCUAAGUAAAGAGGGUAAGUUUGACAUUUUAAAAAAUUGUACCAGGAAAUCACUUUCAAACGAAGUUUAUAUUUUGGCUGCGUAUUACAACUAAACGAGCAUAGAAACGAGCAUAGAAACACACAAAGCUUUUAUGUGAUGCAAAAUCAAAUAAUAACACAGUCAAGAGAGAGAGAGAGGGAGGAUGGGUUGAGAUAACAUGAAAUGACUUUAAAAAACAAUAAUUUUUUUUAAUUUUUACAGAAAUAAUGAAUUAUGUACAGUUAGUUUCAUCAUAUUUUCUUUUAUACAAUGUGUUUGAGUUAGCAGUGAUCAACAAUAAUUAUACAGAAUAUAAUAAAAGAUCUCCCUCACAGGAUACAAAGAUUCAAAUGAAAUAAAUGACAAUUUUUUAAAAAUUCCUCAUCACUGUUACAAGAACUAACAGUGUUAGAGAGAAUUGGACUUAGGAUUUCAAAUAAAAUUCAAUAACCAUAUUCGUUUUGUUGUCUUGAAUUAUUUAAACAGUGAAUUUUAGAUGAACUCCUUUUAUAAACAGCAACAUCACAAUAUACAUAUGUAAGACUUCAAAAUUCAUUAAGCACCUUUUACCUUAUGAACCUGUUCAUAAAAUAGUUAUUCCUAAGGGAAAAAAAGUACAAGUAAAAUCUUUAAAAUGUUUUGGACUAAAACUGUCAAUGUUUUUUGUUGUUUUUUUAAGUCCCAAGACUUGUAAUUAACAAACAACAUUAUUAAAUUGUGUUUAUCUUGUAACAUUAUCAUAUGCUAUGAAAAUAUAUUUCCACACUUAAAAACAAUCUAUCUCCUGUACAGAUUAAAAUUUAACCUGUCAAAUGGGAGAGUAACAAAGUUGAGCAUUGCAUAAUGAAGCAAUUUUGUUUAAAGAAUUCAGUCCUGACCAUCUGAACAAAUAUUUUAUUACCAAAACUACUCCUUAGACUCACUUGAUAGAUUUUUAAACAAAAGAUUAACAGCUAAUCUAAUUUUCAUAAAUAUUUUUUCUCUUUAAAUGAAGCUACAGGUACCAGUAUUCCAAUCUUUAAAUUAAAAUGUGAUUCUGUAUUCCAAUCUUUAAAUUAAAAUGAAAAAUAAAAAUCUUUAUUACUAUAAUGCAAACAUAUUUUGAUUUUCAUAACCUUAAAAGAGAAAUGUUUUCAUAUAAGAAGAUGGAUGUCUUUUCUCUUAUCUGUUAACCUUUGAUUUAAUAGGUUUUGUGGAUUUAUUUGAGAAGUAAUAUCACUGAACCAUUCCUGCCAAAUGUAUGAAGAUGUUAACCCACAAACUGUGCCAUAGAUCAUUCUGUAGUGUGGCAGCUUUUCAGAGCUUUUUGAGUGCCUUUAGAAAUAGCAUUAAAUGACAUAGAAAUAUUGAUAGGAGACCCCCAAUAAGUGUUACAUUUUUAAAAAGGUAAAUGGAUGGGGAUAAAGUUGGCUAUAUGGCCCACCUGUGAAAAAAAAUGUUCGGUGUCCUUGACCUUGGAGUGCUCAAGAAAAGAAAAAAAUGUUUUGCUUUUAAGUGCUCAUAAUACCAUUAAAAUACUAAUAUAAAUUUGGUAGCCAAUUCAUUUAUCUUUCAGAAAAUGUAUAGUUUGCUAAGGUUUAGAUUACAAUUAAGCCUCUGAAAGCAAUUUUAGGUCAUUUAUUACUGGGAAAAAAAUUAACUAGGACCAAGUACAGCAUACAAAAAUCUCAGGCAAAAAAAAAUUAAUAUUGACUAGUAAACAUUUAAAAAGGAACUGAUUUGGCUUGUUUAGCUAUAAAAUUUAUUAGUUCUGAUCUAUAAUGUGUAGCUUCUGUGACUAAAAUUCAGUCAGUCCUUGCCCAACCUCCAGGCUUGCUUGGCUCGAAGUCUAACAGUAGGCCUACUUCAGUAUCACUAAGAUCACUACUUUGGUAUCAGAUUCAAUAGAUGAAGAAUCCAAACUGAGAUUGUCAUGGGGAAUGUUAAAAUCAUCAUCAGUAUCACUUAAAUCCACUCCUAAAAAGCUUUCAAAAAAAUUUCUAUCAGUUCUCGUACUGAAGGCCCAGCCAUAGCUUCAGCCAUUUUAGCUGUAAAAAAACAGUGAUAUAAAAUUUCCAUUAGAAGUACUUAUGUUAAGUUAUCAACAAACAGCUUGACCCGGAAGAUGAUUUAAUUAUUAAUAAAAGGAAGUGGCUAUAAUUCCGGUUAAAUAUUGAAUUGGAAGUUGCACAUUGACCGUGUUUUUUAUCGGCUGCCACAGUACAGAACGAGAAUAUCUGCUGAUUUUUUCGGCCGACCAGUUCAUGGGUUAACCUACAAGACUUCGAUCUUCUGGAAGAAGCACAAACUAAGCUACUCUGGGUACUUUCAGUGAUUGGCAAUUUAGAAAAAUCUAAUAGAGUUGAUGGUUACUAAUUACCAAGAGUCACAAAACAAAUUUAAAACAACAAAUUAAUUGUUACAUUGUGCAAAUAAUGGGACAUGUCAUAAUUAUAUGGCUGCGACUAUUCGCACUCAGGUACCAGAAGUGAGAUGUUGGGAUUAAAAAACUAUUUAAAAUAUUAUUGUUGGGUUUAUAAGUAAAAUGAGGUAUCAAAGGAAAGGUAAUUGAAUGGACUAUAUGUUUGUAAACUUACUUCUUCAGUUUAACUAAAAUAAACUACUACAAAUGACAUCUGAAUAGCGUUGGUCUAAUGGGACCUGGGUGCGAAUGGCAACGCUGCGUGUCCGGGGCCAUUUCGUAAUUAAAAAUGGAAAUGAGUGAAACAAAGUCUCUCUUAAUGUCCUCUCGAAAAAUACAUUUCAUUCCGCUAUGUGUUAUUUUUAUUUGAGUCUGCUUUUACUGUUGUUUGUUUGUUUGCUGAUGAAGGCGUCUUGUCGACAUGCUCGUUUUGCUGCAUUCUUAUUUCCAGGUUUUCCCAUACUUUGUUUCGCUCAUUUCCAAUUUUUCAAACUUAAUUGCAGUCUCUCCCCUUUACCACCAAAAUUUUUAAAAA